CAUUUAUCGUCCAAGACCACCAAAAAUACAGCCACAGGAGGAUUAUGAACCAUUUGGCCAAAAGCUAUACUACAAAUAUCGAUUGACGAGAUGGAUGUACACUUUGUGGCAGGUGUUGCGGAUAUUUUUUAAAGAAUUCUGCAAAAACAGUAACAUCCAUGGCCUUCGAUAUGUGACCGAAAAAAAGCUACAUAUUAUUGAGAGAUUGGUAUGGUUGAUCUCCAUUGGUGUUGCUCUCUGGUAUAGCGGUUCCAUGAUUCAGAAGACCUAUAUCGAGUGGCAAGAGAACCCAGUGAAAAUAAGCACAACAGACACACGAUCACUGAUUGAGACGAUCCCAUUUCCCACCCUCACAAUAUGCCCAGACAUUAAAGCGCAGAAACAUAAAUUGAAUAUAGCAUCAGCACUUGAGUCGCUUAAAUCUCAAUCCAAUUUAUCUCACAUAAACGCCAUCCGUGUCAAUGCUUUGGCUCAAGUGUGCCCAUAUCUACCAGGUCAAAUUGAGCUUGACGACGAUUUUGCAAAUGAAUCUAUGUACAAUACCCUUCGAGAUAUUGCACCCAAUUUGGAAGUAUUUCUAUGUCGAUGGCAUUUUAAAGAUUGCAUCAAGAAUUUUAAACCCAUGUUCACAGAGAAAGGUCUUUGUUUUACAUUCAACGCCUUGAAUUCGCAUGAAAUAUACACAGACGGAAUGAUAAUGAACAUGAGGACGGUUGAAAAUAAUCAGAAUGUAUCCUCACACUGGAGUCUACAAAAUGGAUAUUCAAAUCCAUUCAAUGAUGGAAAUUAUCCAUUCCAGGCUGUUUUGUCAGGAAGAAAAGUUUACAUGGGCCUUUCACUUCUUACCUCUAAAAAUAAUGUGGAGCCUCAAUGUAGUGGCAUCGAGCAAGGAUUUAAAAUAUUUUUAUCCACGCCUGGUGAAACAUUGCAAACGUCACAUAGGUACUUUCAAAUACCGUUUUUACAUAGUAACGUGAUAAAGAUUGAUCCUGUAUUAACAACAACCACCGAAAAAUUGCGUCGCUUCAAACCACAUCAACGAGAAUGUUUUUAUGGCGAUGAGCGACAGUUGCAUUUCUUCAAAAUGUACACGCAAAUCAACUGCAAAGAAGAAUGUUUGGCGAACUUCACAAAGCAAGAGUGCGGAUGCGUGAAAUUUUCGCAGCCAAGAGACAAGAGUACUCGAAUCUGUGGGGGAGCAAAGAUAGAGUGUAUGAAGGAAGCAAAAUGGAAAAUUCAAACCACAAAUAUAGGUAAAACAUUUGAAGAAGAAUGUAAUUGCAUACCAGCAUGUACAUUUAUCAAAUACAACGCAAACUGCGACCGGACUGCGGUGGACCCGGAUUCGUUAAAUCAUUGGGAUGUACCGAAAGAUAAAUAUCUUACAAUAGUUCUUUUUGCCUUCAACGUCCCAGAUAUAAACACAGUCAAAAGGAAUGAGCUGUACACUUACGGUGAUUUCUUAGCAGUUUGUGGUGGUUUGCUUGGACUUUUCACGGGUUUUUCUGCAUUGAGCUUCAUCGAAAUAAUUUAUUUUGCCACUUUGCAUUUAUUCUGGAAGCUUCGCUCCUUGAAAGCGAAGAAUGCGGCAGCACCAAAUCAUCAAAAUGCUAGCAAUAUAGCACCUCGACAAGUGACUAAUGCGUGGAUAUAA